UCACAUCUCAUAGAGAGAUGAAAUGAGCAUUAAAAUUCACACGCAAGACACUGGCACAACCCCAAAAACGAAGCAAAAUAAACUAAAAGGUGGGGGUGGCAUUAAAGGCUCGAAAGAGGAGGGGAGGGCCGGCGGGGCUGCGAGGGGAGGGAAACAAUAGCGAAUCAAAGCAUAAUAAUAUUCCUAAAUGAAGAGGGAAAUGUUGCAGCGCUCAUUUUAUUAAUCAGACUGUCAAAGUGAGCCAGGCGGGAGGCCAAAGAGCCAAAGAGCUGCGAGGUGCGCCCUCAAAUCCUCACUCACUUCUCUUCUGCUCUCCUCUUGGAUAUUAUUCGUCUGACCGAAGGCCGCCUCCAUCAUCAACUGACAGCCCUCUCCUAUUUAUUUGCUGAUAAACCUGUUACAAUAAAUGAUCAUUGGAGUCGCGUCAGCCUGCAGAGAGUAUUUUUUUUUGAGGGGGGGGGGAUGAAUGACAUAUUGCCGGCGUGCAGGGGAGGAUGCCAGGCACAUUUUGAGCACGCUCUCCUCCAUUUCUUUCAUUUAUUGCGUGUUGCUUAUAAAAAGCUUUAGAGACCUCGCAGAGACACUUGCAUGCGGAUUGAGCUCCCGCAUUCAGCCCCCGCACAGGACCACUUUUCUUCCUCCUCCUCCUCCUCAUCCUCCCCGCACGCCUUGAUGAUGGAGAGGAUAAGAAAGGAGAUGAUACUGAUGGAGAGGGGGCUGCAUAGUCCGGUGGCCGCCAAGAGGCUCUCCGAUUCGGCCGGCAAUUCUGUACUGGAGGCCCUGGAGAACUCCCAGCACGGAGGACGCCUCAGCCCGAGAAUCACGUCCGCGUCCCUGCACGGGAGCCUCGCGGACAUGCCCAGUAAAGGCAAGUUCGAGAUCGACAGCCUCUUCGGGUCACACCAGGGUAGCGAGCACAGCCCCUCGGCGGACAUUUCGUCGUCUGAGAGCCGGAAGAAGAUGAGCCUUUACUCGGAAGUGUCCCAGGAAUCGGACAUCAACAGUGAUGUGGAAGUGGGCUGCCCCACGCAUCGCUCGCCAAGUCAGCACAAGGAAAACAACAAAGGUUAUUCAGAUUCUGGCUCGUCCAACACAAGUUCGAGCUCACUGUCCGGUAUGAACGGAAACUCCACGGGGGCGUCCAACAACAACUCCAACGCUGAUCAGGUCAGGAGGUACCGCACAGCCUUUACCAGGGAGCAAAUCGGCAGGCUGGAGAAGGAGUUUUAUCGGGAAAAUUACGUCUCCAGGCCGAGGAGAUGCGAACUGGCCGCUGCUCUCAAUCUGCCUGAAACCACCAUCAAGGUGUGGUUCCAGAACCGGCGCAUGAAGGACAAGCGUCAGCGGUUGGCCAUGUCGUGGCCCCACCCGGCGGACCCCAGCUUCUACACCUACAUGAUGACCCACGCGGCGGCCACGGGGAGCCUCCCGUACCCGUUCCACUCCCACAUGCCCCUGCACUACUACCCGCACGUCGGCGUGACGGCGGCCGCAGCCGCCGCAGCCGCCUCGGGGGCGGCGUCGUCGCCCUUCGCCACGUCCAUCCGGCCCCUCGACACCUUCCGCGCCCUCUCCCACCCCUACUCUCGGCCCGAGCUCCUGUGCAGCUUCCGCCACCCGGGACUCUACCAGUCGCCGGCGGUCGGCGCUCCGUCAGCCGGCGGGCCCUGCUCGUGUCUCAGCUGCCACAGCAGCCAGGCGGCCGGCGCGCUGAGCUCGAGGGCCGCCGGCGCCGGCACCGACUUCACCUGCACGGCCUCGGGACAAAGGUCGGAGAGUGGAUUUUUGCCCUACUCGGCGGCUGUGCUCAGCAAGACCUCCGUGCCCUCGCCGGACCAACGAGAGGAGACGUCACUCAACAGAUAACUGUCAACAACACUCAACGGCCCGAUUUUUUUUUU